UACGCGAAGAACGUACAUCAGCUAUUGCGACGUGCCAACUAACCAGUGACAGUCCAACAAUCAUUUGUCGCAUCAUAUUUUUAAUGUAUGAGAGAUCAUGCAAUGUCAUUAUUCGCGUAGGCGUAAUGAUCUUACAAUUGGACACAUUUGAAUUACUCCCGCUUUUCUUCCCGCGCUGUUUAUGUAUACAGAGCUUCUGUAAUCUCAACAAAAUGGCCGCCGUUGUUCAGGCGAGUUAC